UGGGACCAGGAAAAAGGAAAUGCUACGAGCACCUCUUCUUACUUUCUUUAGUUAGGGUUUAAGAAGUACCUCUCACUUUUCACAAAUUUUCUACUUCCCCUGUUUCCCCAUUUCCCAAUCUUCCUCCCUUCCACCACCACCAUGCCUCUCUACCGCCUCCUCCUCCGCUCCCUCCGCCGCACUUCUCUCUCCACCACCACCACCACACCACCCUCCUCUCUCCCUCACCUCCACCCUCACCCUUCAUUCUCUCUCCUCCACCCUCGCACCCUCGCCUUCUCCUCCGCCGAAGAAGCCGCCGCCGAACGCCGCCGCCGUAAACGCCGCCUCCGCGUCGAACCCCCUCUCCACGCCCUCCGCCGUGACCCCAAUGCCCCUCGUCCUCCUCCUGAUCCCAACGCUCGCCCUCUCCCCGACACCACCUCUGCUCUCACCGGCCCCCGCCUUAACCUCCAUAACCGUGUUCAAUCCCUCAUUCGUGCCGGUGACCUCGAUAACGCUGCUCUCCUUGCUCGACAAGCUGUGUUCUCUCGCACCCGUCCUACUGUCUUCACUUGUAACGCCAUUAUUGCUGCUAUGUAUAGAGCUCAGAGGUACGAUGAUGCAGUCUCUCUCUUCCAAUUCUUUUUCAAGCAGUCUAAUAUUGUACCCAACAUUGUUUCUUACAAUUUUUUGAUUGUUAGUCAUUGUGAGUGUAAAAGGGUUGAUGUGGGUGUUGAGAUUUAUAAGUUAAUUUUAGCUGAGGCUCCAUUUAGUCCUUCUUCUGUUACUUUUAGGCAUUUGACUAAAGGGUUAAUUGAUGUUGGGAGGAUUGGGGAAGCUGUUGAUCUUCUUAGGGAGAUGCUUAAUAAGGGGCUCGGGGCCGAUUCGCUUGUUUAUAAUAAUUUGAUUAAAGGGUUUUUGGAUUUGGAUGAUUUUGAUAAGGCAAAUGAGUUUUUUGAUGAGCUUAAGGAGAGGUGUCUUGUGUAUGAUGGUGUUGUGAAUGCUACGUUUAUGGAGUGGUUCUUUAAUAAGGGAAGAGAGAAGGAGGCUAUGGAAUCGUAUCGGUCAUUGCUUGAUCUUCAGUUUAAGAUGACCCCUGCCACUUGUAAUGUGCUUCUUGAGGUGUUGCUUAAGUAUGAGAAGAAGAAAGAGGCGUGGGAGUUGUUUGAAUCGAUGUUGGAUAGACAUACUCCACCGAAUUUUCAGGCAGUGAAUUCGGAUAGUUUUAAUAUAAUGGUGAAUGAGUGUUUUAAGGAGGGGAAGUUUGAAGAGGCUGUUAGCACUUUUAAGAAGGUAGGGAUCAAGAUGGGGUCAAGGCAGUUUGCUAUGGAUGUAGCUGGUUAUAACAACAUUAUUGUUAGGUUUGCUGAACAUGGGAUGAUUCAGAAGGCGGAGGAGUUCUUUACGGAGCUAAAGUCGAAAUCUUUGAGCCCGGAUGUUACUGGUUAUAGAACCUUGAUUGAUGCUUAUCUUAAGGAUCAAAGGAUUGAUGAUGCCAUGAGAAUGUUUGAGAUGAUGGUUGAAGCUAAUUUAAGAGUGAUUACGGACUAUGCGAAUAGGUGGUUUACUGAAUUGAUUCAGAAUAACAAAGCACUAGAAUGUUCACAAGUCUUGACAAAAAUGGGGGAAAGGGAUCCAAAACCUGAUUCAUCCACGUAUGAAAUUGUCAUCAAAGGGCUGUGUGGUGGUGGUGUAUUUGAUGUGUGUUUGAAUAUGGUUGGUCAGAUCAUGAAGUACGGUGUUGGUGUCACUCCUUCACUUCGGGAGUUUCUGUUACAAGAGUUUGAAAAGGAGGGACGGAGAGAUGAGAUUGAAAGGCUCCUGGAUGAGAGGAGGCAGGGAAAUUUUCAGCAGCCAUACUCCCAGCCUUCAGGUUUCGCUAAAUCAGCAGGACCAGGACAACAUCAACAACCUGCUGGCCCUCCUAGGUUUAGGCCACCAACUGGAUUUUCUGGGUCUGCUGGACCUACAGGGUAUUCAGGACAUCCCGAACCAACUGGACCUCUGCAUCAAAGAGGAUAUCCUGAACAUACUGGACCUCAGCAGCAAAGAGGAUAUCCUGAACCUACUGGACCUCCACAGCAAAGAGGACACUCCGAGCAAGGCUACCCUAUUAUUGGUAGUAGAUGAUUGUUGGUUUAGUUCAAGAACUUGAAAUUUUGUCUAGAACUUGAGGAUAGAGUAACAUCAGUAAUUUGGAUAACUUUGAAUCCAAUGUCUAAUCUUGGCCUUCACUCAUCACUGAGAUCUGUUUUGAUGAUUAAAGUCAAUAAAAAGUUUUUUUUAUGAGAAACUACCAAGAAGAUAUGUUACAAUUUAACGGUUAUAUUGAUACAAGGAUAUGUUCCCGUCAAAAAAAAAAAAAAAAAAGGAUAUGUUACAGGUGCUAUACACUGUCUUCAAUGCUUUUUUUUUUCUUCUCCUUUUUCUUUUUAAUUUUCCCUUAAUUAUGCAUUGCCUAUGAGACUGAAAAUGCUUGCCGAAAGUUGUACCUUCAUUUAUACGUAGUAUUAUGUUUCCGAAUGAUUGUGACUUGAUUUACUCAUCUUAAUAAUAAGCUGAAACAAUAUGCAGAACACCCUUAAAGAUUCUAAGAGGCAUGACAGUUUUAUAGUAAAUAUUGAUAACAACACACUUUUUGGGAAAUAAAAAAACCUUAAAUGAGCCCAUAUUUAUAUAGUUAUGAUACAUGUGUACAUUAUGAUAUACAGUAUGUCACUCUAUGCAAAAUUAAAAAAAGAGGAAAUAAUUGAUAAGACUGACUGUCAAAGAGGCAAGAUAAAAAAGCAGUAUGCCAAUCUAAAACUAGGGCUGGCAAACCCUGACCCGACACGAAAACCCGACCCGAACCCGACCCGAAGUUACUGAGAGAGACCCAAACCCGACCUGAACCAAACCCGAAUAACCCGAAUUCGACCCGAUUUGACCCAAAUUUCAUAUUUCGUAAUAAUAUUAAGUUUUACACUAUUUUUAAUAGUUUCUAAGUAUAACCCGAAAUCGACUCGAAAUCUGACCCGAACCCGACCUGCUGACCCGAAUUGCCACCCCUAU